ACGUACUUACCGUACAAACAAAAGGCUUCUUAAUUACUUCUAUGUAUGAUAUUUUUAAUUUAACUAUCAUGUAGUAGUAAAUAAGUAUAGUAAUUUAUUUGUAAUAGCAUGACGUUAAUUAAUUUGUAGAUAAAUAAUCUACUUUAUCGUCUCCUUUUCAAAAAAUAUUCAUUAAUUUCAAUAAUUAAAUUCUAUGACAAACAAAUUUCUCAUUAAAUAAUUAAGUUACACUUUGCGCAUUUCCAAGAGUAGCAGAAUUGUUUCACUGAAAAUUUUGUCUCGCCUGUGAAUAAUACUUUCGUAAUCUAUAAAUUUUUAAAGUGUCAGGGAGUCUUCGGAACAAAACGUGCACACAAAAACCUAUAUAAAAUUUGAAUACGUAUACAUUCUCCUCCUUCAAUAAUCGAUUUCUUUUACACAUGUCCGACGUUCUAUUUUAUUUUCACUGCUAUCCGUGUAAUAUCAGCGAUUUCAAUUUUCUUAUAUAUUCGUAACGCGCAGCAGCGAGAACGCUGCGAAAGCGCACCUGGCACUUUGACGGUUUCCCAUCUUUCCUCGUUCGACUUCAUGGUUCGGCGCCGAGGUAUUAUAACUUCGUAUGCACCGACGACAAUCCGCAUCCGCUUCCAGGAUCCGCGGAAACUUCCCUCCGCGCGUGGCGACUCGCGCGAGAGUCAUGCGGUCAAGAUUUGCAAUUCCUCCACUUUUCUGUCACCCGAUCCGUCGACACGCGACGAGGCGAGGGGUCGACGGCUCCGCGGCGAAUUCUAAAUUUCCUCGAAAUUGAAUGGGGAAGUUCGUCGCGACUCGCAGCUUCCGCGGGAGGGAGCGGGAAGGGGGAAGCGUGUAACCGGCGUUGUAACUUCCGCAUGCAGCAUCUGGCUCCGCCCGAGGAGCACGUUGUGCGCUCGCGGGUUAUGGCUGCGUGACGAUAUUUAGAACGCCGGGAUAACACGCGUCGAAGUUCACCUUAAAGUUAUUCGCCGCGACAUUCGUCGCUCGAAAGCUCAGCUCUCGUGUAUUCACAGUCUCAGGUUGCGAUUAUAAUUUGUAUAAUUACACUUAUUCAUUUUCCGGAGAUAUACAAGCUUGAAGUUAUAACUCUCCGUUAUUCCUGUCGUCAUACGUAUUUUCAAAGCGCGACUAAUUUGCAAACAUUUCAAUGAAAGUUCAUAUUUUUGAAUAAUUUUUCCAAUUCUGUCAAUAUUUAGUUUAGACAUACGUCACGCGGGAGUGAGUGUCAUACAUUUUGUAUUAAUAUAUUUUUGUACGUGUCAUAUUAUGUACAAGUGUAUUUUCAUUUGCUUGGCGCCACGAUCGAUCGUCCAUUCGUUUAACGAGGGAAGGACUUAAUACCACGAUCUGCAAUUGCAUAUCUGAUUACGUUUCUCAAGCUGAACACAACAUCGAGGCAAACGAUCUCAUUUGGGAUUCCCUCCUGUUCCCAAGCCAAUCGUCAUCGCCGUUUCCCUCCGCAUUUUCCGGGCGACGAUAUACGUUUCGCGCGUCCGCGUCGCGUCGCGCUGCGUAAUCCGGUCGAAAAGCCGGUUACGCUCGUCCUCAUUAACUCGCCUCAACAAUGAGCGUGGGUGUCGGCGUAGUACGUCCUUUCAACCCCCGUCCACAUCCACACCCUUCUCGAGUUUCGUAGGGCGCGUGCGCGAGCUCUCUCUCUCUCUCUCAGUCAGUUUCUCUCUUUCUCCUUCACUUCAACGUCGACGACGACGACGACGACGACGACCACGACGAUUACGUCGACGGCUGGGAAACGAUGUGUGUGGGGGCGGUUCGCGCGUAAAAUCGCACUGAGCGGGAGGCGCUCAGUCGCGCGGGACACGUCGCGGGGUGCGGUUGCUUCGUCGUGGUGAAUAAACGUGCGUGCGUGCGUGCGUGCGUGCGUGCGGGCGGGCGCGCGCGGAGGGAAGGAGACGACGAUCCCUAUCUGUGCCUUUUGCGCGGGGGUGGUGUGGACGAUGUGCGCGUGCCGAUAACGAUAAGGCCACCGCAGGGAUGUGCCUAGCGGGGGGCACACGAGCCCUCCUGCUCCUGGCGCUCGUGCUGUGCCAGCGUGCCGGCCGCGUCGACGGCAAGAAUGACAACUAUCAGAUGAGCGACGUCUGCAAGAAAUACUUCCUGCGGGAUCUCUACAGGAAGAUAGACGGCGCCGUUCUUACUUCGCAAAAUGAGAGGGAUCUCGAUUGCGCCAUUACUUUUCAGACUCACAGCAUCCUCCAGCGGUUUAUGCUCCGAUUCGAUCAGCUGCAGUUAGACUGCAACGACCAUCUCUACAUCUACGAUGGCGCGCACGCGGUCGGCAGUUACAAGGCAGACCUAUCCUGCAGAAACACGAAGCAGACCGUGGGCGCGAUUUACACGCGCACAAACUUCGUGACGUUGAGAUACACGACCGACGCCUGGGGCACCAACUCGAAUGGCUUCCGCCUCGUCAUCACAGCCGUCAAGGAUCCGAAGCACACCUGCAAAGAUUUUCGAUGCACUCAAAAUGAAUUUUGCAUCGAGACGGAUCUCCUUUGUGACGGCGUAAACCACUGCGGCGAUGGAUCUGAUGAGGCCACUUCCACCCUUUGUGCCAAUUCCGAGGCAUCGACGAUCCUAGGCAUGCAGACUACUUGGUUCGCUAUCGCCCUUGUUUUUCUGAUACUCAGCAUGGGCGGCCUGGUAACGGCGGCGGUUCUCUGCUUUUGCAGACAGCGUGUUCCUACCCCAAGGCACCCCCAUAACGCGCACAAUGCUCAGUCUCAUCCCCCAGUCAGCUUCCCAUGGAUUCCAUGCUCGUUGAAGCUCGUCCAGUACGUGCCGUUCGUCCAUCGCGGAGUUUCGCCCGCGACGAUCGAGUCGUCGCAGCGACCAGUCCACGCCAGACAGUCGUCCGGAAUCAUUCGCAGACGCACCUUCGCGCGAUAUCACGAUCAAGGUGGAGCUCCCGACGGAUCUAAGAUGACCGACCAGGCUGGUUGUCCGCCAACCUGGGGGAUUAUCACGAUUCUACUCUUGUCAGUCUGCGAGUUCACCUCGGCCGCGAGCACGCAGACCUUCGUCGUGAGCAACACCGUGGACAAUCAGAUCGGUAAAGACUUCUUCGUGGGACCCUGCCUGGUGAACACCAAUCAGACCUGUCCCGAUGAAGAAGUAAUGUUUUUUCUCUACACCAAACACAAUCCAGACGAGGGGCAGCAAUUACUCGUGAACGACACCGGGUCAAAUCUCGCCGAAACCAACUUCGUGGCGGCAUUACCCACGAAGAUCAUCGUGCACGGUUACAAUUCGGACAUGCGGCUGAGCUACUUGGUGGCUAUUAGAAGCGAAUACUUGAAUAGGGGCAGCUACAAUCUCAUAGCGGUCGAUUGGCACCGGCUGGCGGUAGCGCCGUGUUACCCCGUGGCCGUCCACAACGUGCCGCACGUGGGCGACUGUCUGGCACAGCUGAUCGACCGUCUGAGGGACUACGGUGCCAAGGACAUCCACGUGAUCGGCUUCAGUCUGGGCGCUCACGUACCAGCUUUCGCGGCCAACGUGCUACGGCCGUACAAGCUCCCGAGGAUCACCGGCCUCGAUCCGGCGAUGCCGCUCUUCGUUACCGUCAGCAAGGACGAGAAGCUCGACGCGAGCGACGCCGAGUUCGUCGACGUGUUACACACAAAUGCCUUCAUUCAGGGGCAAAUCGAACCGAGCGGCCAUAUCGACUUUUACAUGAACGGCGGCGUCAAUCAGCCCGGUUGCUGGGAGCACGGCAAUCCAUUCGGAUGCAAUCACCACAGGGCGGCGGAAUACUUUGCCGAGUCGAUCAAUUCGAAAGUCGGUUUCUGGGGCUGGCCCUGUCCCGGUUUCGUAGCUUACCUUCUGGGUCUCUGCCCGCCCAGAUUCCCCGCAGUGCUGAUGGGGGAGGAUGUCAAUAGAAGGUAUCGGGGUUUUCAUCUAGUGAAGACGAAGGCGCACAGCCCGUACGCGGAUGGAAUGUUCACGGUAGAAGAUUUUUAUCAGCAGAAUCUUUACGCGUGAUAUCGCAAUAGUAUCUUACGGAAGUUUCUUCCUUGAUUUGAGGGACAUACGUUGUGAAGGCAGACGUAUAAGACGUUUUAAACUGAUGAACGCGUGAGAGGAAAGAAGCAAAUUACUAAUGAAAAGAUUGUUUAUCCUAACGUGUCGCGCGCGGAAAGAUUCAGACAUCUUAGUGCCAAGUAUUUUAUCAGGAAAAUGUUGUAAGUUAUUCAAUAAUCGUAAUAAACUCCAAAUAGAAUACAUUCAAAGAUACAUAUCAAAGUGAAAAAAAGAUAUAUAUUUAAUAUAAAUUAACAUGUUUCAUUUGCUUAAAAGAUUCAGCAGGAUAUACAAUGAAAAAAAAAUUUAUUAGAUUGAAAUAAAUAUUUUUUCAAAUAGUACCAAGCAGAAGUUUUGUAAAAGAUAAAUAAUAUUUAUUUCAAAUAAAAUAAUAUUUUCUAUAAUUUAAAAAAUGUAUAAUCUAUUUUAUAAAUUAUAGAAAAUAUAUUAACUUUUUUACAAAACUUUUGCUUGGUACUAUUUAAAAAAAUAUUUCUUUUAAUCUAGUAAAUUUUUCAGUGUAUAACUGAAUAAUAACUUUCUAUUCAUAUAAUCCAUAAAUAGUUUCCUAAGAUAGUGUGAUAUAAUAUUGUAAUAUUUACUAUGUGUAAUAUUUAUUAUAAUAGACCUUAUUAGAUUCUACUUAAUAAUUUAUUUAAUUAGAAAAACAACUAUAUAUAGAAACUAUUUAUUAGAUUAUACGCAAUAAUAAUAUCAAUUGUAAUAGAUUAUUACCAUAUCAAAUAUGUGAGUAAAAAUAUAAUAGAACUACAUAUUUCGAAUGAGAUAGAAGAGAACGAUAAUAAAUAGAAUAAUAUAUAAAAGUAAUAAAAGAGAAAAUAAGAAUAAAAAAACUUGUAUAGAAUUUUAUCAAUUGGCUCAAUUACAUUAAUUGAACAAAAUCAAGGAUCAGCGUUCAGCGGAAUCUUACGAGAUGUUUGAGUUACGCGAAUUAUAUUGAUGCUGCGCAAAAAAAUCUAUUAGCAUGUCAUGGUCAGACAAUUGAUCUGAUAUCUUGUAAAAUCAGAAAAGAGGCAAACAUGAUGAGCUCGCACAAUUUCUUAUCGAGAGAUCCAAUGUACAUUUUUCAAAUAAAUAAUAUUUAAUUGUAA